ACUCCUCGUGCAGACAGUAAACUGAAGCAUAAGAGGGAUGAAAAACAAACCCAAAUCCAAUGUUGGGAGGAGGAAGAGCCAGAGAAUCAUGGUAAUGAGAUCCUUGGCAACCCUUCUCUCAAGGGGGGUCUUACGAAAAAGGUUAUUUUCACCCUCACAAUUCCAACCUUCAUUUGCAUUUGUAUGUGAUGUUUAGUUCAGUUUGUGUUUAAGUUAUAUAAUUUGGUUUAUAUUGUGUUAUUGUGACAUUAUGUUAUUGAUGUUCGGACUCAGUUUGAAUAUUUGAAGCUAAGUAGUACUUAUGUAAAUCAUAUUCAAAAGAAAGAAUUAAAAAGGCCUAGGCUGUAUAGGCAUGUGGCUGUCCUAAAACAGCUAGCCCAGACACUAUGAAACUGACUACAAAGUUGGCCCAGCCGCCCAGCCCAUAUACUUGACAUGUUGAUCAGAUGGAUUAGGAUGGCCUGUCAUAGCUGAAGCCUGAAGUUAUUUUCCAUUUGCAGAAUGUCUUUUCUUUCUCUGUUCAUCAAAUAUAGGACAAAGCUUAGCAAAUGUGAUGAAUCAAUGGGGCCCAAAGAACAUGCUACUACAAUGGUGGGGCUUGCAGGAAUUCCUGUAUCUCCUUGCUACCCGGACUCAAAAGGUGGAGUCUAUUUUGUUCUUGAGAAAGCCUCGCUGGUUGCUGCUUAUGUUGGAAAGAGGUACCAGAUUUUAAAUCCAGAUGAGCAUGCCAAUUUCCUUCGAAGGAAAAACAAGAACCCUUAUGAUUAUAGGCCUGAUAUUGUGCAUGAGGCCCUUCUUCAAAUUAUGGGUAGUCGGCUUUGCAUGGCUGGUAGGUUGCGUGGUGUGUUCAUUAGGACUGAUGAAGGAAUACUAAUCCGAGUUGAACCAAACACCCAGAUACCAAAGACUCUUGGAAGCUUUUGCAACAUGAUGGCUGAGCUACUGCAAAAGUUCAGCAUCAAGUCAAAGGGUAAACGUGGAAAACUUUUGCGCCUAAUUGAAAAUCCUGUAACUCAACACCUACCCGUUAACUCUCGUAAGAUUGGGCUUUCUGUCAGUUCACCUAAGGCUGUUCAAAUAAAGGACUACCUCGCUGCUGCUAAUCAUGAUGAGAACCUUGUGUUUGUGGUUGGUGCAAUGGCUCAUGGAAAGAUUGAUGCUGAAUAUGUUGAUGAUUUUAUAUCAGUUUCUGCAUUGCCCUUGAGUGCUGGGACUUGUCUGAGACGUAUCUGCGUUGCAUUGGAGAGGAAUCAGAAGAUUCACUGAUUAAUAGUUCGACUUAUUUUCUGUUGCCAUGUAUACUUGUACAGGUUGGUAACAUCUCCAAUUUUGGUAGCUAUAGGCCCAGAGUGUUUGAUCAGGAAAGUUCUUUGUAGUUAAUUAUUAUUUAUUAGCUUCUUGUUUAUUAUUCUGGAAACAAUUCUUUCUCAGUUGAUUUUGGGGCAGUUUGUCUCCCAUUAAUGUAAAUGACACUUAAUGGUGUCUCUCUUGGCCACUUCUUUCUAAUCACUAGUAGUAAGAAUCUUAACAAUUAUUGUCAAUU